AUGCCGGUCGACAAGAUCCGUGUCGAGGGCGACGAACGCAUCAGGUUUGAAUCCGCUACCCUCAAUGGAAAAAAUUACGGUGAGUAUCAAAUGAUUCUCCGGAGAGUUACCUCCUCAGUCAACCCCAAUCUGGCAAAUACCGAGCCACUAUUUUCUUGGCAAAUUCAUGGAUUCCCAGACCUGUCUAUGGGAUGGCGAUACCAAAUCCCCAUGCUGGUGAACAUGGGGCUGAGAGUCGUUGCCCCAGACUGCCUAGGCUACGGCCGCACAGAAGCCCCCGAUGACUACACCCAAUACGGGCACAAAGCCAUCGCAGAUGAUAUCAAAGCCCUAGCCACGCACCUAGGCGAAUCAAGAAUCAUCCUGGGUGGACAUGACUGGGGCGCAUUUGUCGCCUACCGCGUUGCCCUCUGGCACCCCGAUCUAGUAACUCACCUCUUCACCGUGUGCGUGCCAUAUUCCAGCCCCAAGAAAGAGUUUCUGCCGCUGGAAGAAAUGGCGCACACUGUCAUGCCAAAUUUCGGGUAUCAGAUUCAGUUUGCGAGUGGAGAGCUUGAAAAGGUUGUUCAGUCUAAGGAGGAGAUUAAGCAGUUUUUGACAGCUUUGCUCGGCGGGCGGACGCCUGAGAAGCAAAUUGGGUUUGAGGCGGAGAAGGGGGUCUUACUUGAUCAUUUGAUGAGGUUGAGGCAUUCGCGGCUACUGAGUGAGGAGGAAUUGGAGUACUAUGGGACGGAGUAUUCAAGGCAUGGGAUCCAUGCGCCGUUGAACUGGUAUCGGACGCGGAAGCUCAAUUUCGAGGAUGAGUUGAGUAUCGUUGGUCGAAGGAUUACCGUUCCCACGCUUUUCAUCCAAGCUCUUCGAGACGAGGCUCUGCCGCCACACCUUGGAAAGGCUAUGGGUAAGCAGAUCCCUAGACUAGAUCUGAAGCAAGUUGAUACUGCGCAUUGGGCGCUGUGGGAGAAGCCAGAGGAAGUAAAUGCCAUUAUUUCCGAAUGGUUGAAGGACGUUGCCUUUACAGGAAAGCCUUUGGAGAAGCUUUAA